AUGACCCUUGGCCACCGACCCUCCAGCCUUGCCAUCAUCUCUAUCCUGCUAGCCUUGCUGCUAGAUGGCCCUGCAUUGGCCUCAGAGAUUGUGGGGGGCCGGCCAGCCAGGCCCCACGCGUGGCCCUUCAUGGUGUCCCUGCAGCAGCGUGGAGGCCACUUCUGCGGUGGUACCCUGAUUGCCCCCAACUUUGUCAUGUCAGCUGCGCACUGCACAAACGGCUUAAACUUCCGGUUGGUGCAGGUGGUGCUGGGUGCACAUGACCUGAGUCAGCAGGAGCCCACCCGGCAGACAUUUACUAUCCAGCGUGUUUUUGAAAAUGGCUUCGACCCCAUACGUUUGCUGAAUGACAUCGUGAUUCUCCAGCUCAACGGGUCGGCCACCAUUAACGCCAACGUGCAGGUGGCCCGGCUGCCAUCCCAGGACCGCGGGGUGGGCAAUGGGACACGGUGCCUGGCUGUGGGCUGGGGCCGGCUGGGCACAAACCGGCCGGUGCCCAGCAUCCUUCAGGAGCUCAACGUGACCGUGGUGACUUCGCUCUGCCGUCGUGCCAACGUAUGCACACUUGUGAGACACCGGCGGGCUGGAAUCUGCUUUGGAGACUCUGGUGGCCCCCUGGUCUGCAAUGGAGUGGUCCAUGGGGUUGACUCCUUUAUCCGGGGAGGCUGCGGCUCUGGCUUCUAUCCAGAUGCCUUCGCUCCAGUGGCACAGUUUGCAGACUGGAUCAACUCUAUCAUCCGCAGCCCCAGGGACCACUUUCUUCCCCAGCCCAGGAACCCUGCUAGCUGGAUCCACUAAGAAAGGCUGCCUUGGUCAGACCUACUCAGCUGCUCACAAUUGCAUUC